UACAUAUGAAAACAUAUCUCUAUCUCUAUCUGUCAAUUCAGAUUUCACAUCUUGACGCAAUCACUUACGCCAGUCAUGCAAACUUCUACAACAUCCAAGCUCCUCGUGUCCGACAUCGCCUCCUCCGUGGAUCGCGUCCCUUCAAGCUAUAUCCGACAAAUCUCUGACCGCCCAAAUAUUUCUGAUGUUGACAUUUUCGGCGAUUCCAUCCCUCUUAUCGAUCUCCAGGAACUUUAUGGACCUAGUCGAGCUAAUAUUAUCCACCAAUUUGCUCAUGCAUGCUCAUCUUAUAGCUUCUUCCAGAUCAAGAACCAUGGAGUACCAGAAAAAACAAUCGAAAGAAUGAUGACUGUGGCCAGAGAGUUUUUCCAUCAACCAGAGAGCGAAAGAGUGAAGCAUUACUCUGCGGAUACAAAAAAGACGACGAGACUCUCCACAAGUUUCAAUGUCGGCUCAGAGAAAGUCUCUAACUGGAGAGACUUCCUCCGACUCCAUUGCCUUCCCAUCGAAGAUUUUAUCAACGAAUGGCCCUCACAUCCCGUCUCAUUCAGAGAAAUCACAGCCGAAUACGCUACAAGCGUUAGAGCCUUGGUCUUGAUACUUCUUGAGGCAAUCUCAGAGAGCUUAGGCCUUGAGAAAGACCGUGUAAGCAAUACAUUAGGCAAACACGGUCAACACAUGGCCUUAAACUACUAUCCUCCAUGUCCUCAACCCGAUCUAACGUUCGGACUACCCGGACAUAAAGAUCCAAACUUGAUCACUGUCCUUCUUCAAGACGAAGUCUCUGGUUUACAGGUCUUUAAAGAUGGAAAAUGGAUCGCUGUUCAUCCUAUUCCCAACACUUUUAUUGUCAACAUGGGUGACCAAAUGCAGGUUAUUAGCAAUGACAAGUACAAAAGUGUGCUACACAGAGCUGUUGUGAACAGCGACAAGGAGCGGAUAUCGAUACCGACCUUCUACUGUCCUUCUUUUGAUGCUGUGGUUGGCCCACAACAAGAGCUGAUCAAUGAGGAAGAAGAUUCUCCAGCUAUUUACAGAAGCUUUACGUAUGCUGAGUAUUAUGAAAAGUUUUGGGACAGAGCACUUGCAACUGAGAGCUGUAUUGACACGUUCAAAAUUUCCAAAACCUAAGAAUCUGUACUUUUCAAACGCCAUGACUAUGUUGCCUUUUCAUUUUCCUUUGUUUAGAUUCGUAUGAGUGUUAAUUAAUCUGCUUUCUAGAAAAAAAGAAACUCUUCUUGCAACACAUUGAGCUCAUUGUAGACGCACAGAUGAAUCUUUCGAUAUCUUUUGAAUUUUUGUUAACAUCUGA